AAAAGGCGGGCCGCGUGACGUCACUUGCUCUCCUGUGCAGCCGCCAUUUUGAGCGGCUGCUUCUCCUGGCGGAUAAAGAAAAAACAAAACAAACAAAAAAAUAAUAAGCGGGUGAUCGUGCCAAACGUCACCCGCCGAGCGAGCAGAGGAGACCGAGAGAGGGGAGAGAACACGGGGGUCGCGCCUUCCCUUGUUCGGCGUCUCCUCGUGUCCUUUCACUCAUUGCAGCGUCCAUAAAGAUUUUUUAGUUGCCCACAGGAUUGACUUCCAGGCUGGUUAAGAAAAUAAUAUCCAAUUAAUCGCAGGUGUUUGUUAUUACAGUUCAACAUGGCUGUGGUCAUCCGUUUGCAAGGUCUGCCUAUAGUGGCUGGGACCAUGGACAUUCGUCACUUCUUCUCUGGAUUAACCAUUCCUGAUGGUGGCGUUCAUAUUGUAGGGGGUGAACAGGGUGAGGCGUUCAUCGUCUUUGCCACUGAUGAAGAUGCACGACUUGGCAUGAUGCGCACAGGUGGCACAAUCAAAGGGUCAAAAGUUUCAUUGUUGUUGAGCAGUAAGACUGAAAUGCAGAACAUGAUUGAACUUAGCCGUAGGCGUUUUGAAACUGCUAAUGUUGAUCUUCCACCUGCAAGUUCUAACCGCCCUGGACCUCCACCUAAUCCAGCAAUGGGCAGCGGUAGCUCUGUAAUGAAUCGGGUCAGUUUGCCAACAACUGUACCUAAUUUUAGUAGCCCUUCCACAAGCACAGUUUCUACAGUUACCACUGUACAUGAUGGCACUAAGAAUGUCGCAACUUUUUCUACUGCCAAUAUUGGAAAUGCUCCACCGAAUUUAGGUGGGGCGUUUUGCAAUCCAACAUUUGCUUCUCCUAUGCCCAGUGUUGCCCCUCAGCUGCCUGCUGUACCCCCACCUCCAAUUCCUCCAAUGCCAACAAUGCCCACACUGCCACCAAUGCCUUCCAUACCUCCUAUGCCUGUACCCCCUCCUGUAUCUUCAUUACCUCCAGUGCCACCUGUCCCUCCAAUUCCACCUGUUCCACCAGUCCCACCCAUCACUGCUCUCCCUCCAAUGUCUGGAAUGCCACCUUUGAACCCACCUCCAGUAGGAGUUGGACCUUUGCCUACAGGAAUGAAUGGUUCUGGUUCACAAAUGAGUAAUAUGAAUCCACUGUUUCUUGGUCCUGUAAAUCCAAUGCCUUUGGGUUCUCAGAAUGCAGUCAAGCAACAUCCUCCCCCUUUGAAUCAUGAUGAUCCAUAUGUAGCGAUUCAUGACUUGCCUAUUCCAGUGUCGGAAGGGGAUAUCAGGGAGUUUCUUCAUGGUUUACGUGUAGAUAUGGUCCUUAUUAUUAAAGAUGCCUUGGGUCGCUUCACUGGUAGCGCAUUGGUGAAACUUCUAACACCGCAUGACACGUUCGAAGCUUUGAAACGGAAUAGAAUGAUGAUAGGGCAGCGUUUUGUUGAAGUCACCCCAGCAUCUGAGAGACAGUGGGUGAUGUCUGGUGGGAACCUUGUCAAACUUGGUCCAGGUCUCCAUGGACCCUCACAUAUUAUGCAGCAGUCACAUACCAGAUCUAAAUCUCCCAGCAUUCGGCAGCGUUCAAGGUCAAGAUCCCCCCAUGAGCAUGGUUUUUGUGUUUUUUUGAAAGGGCUUCCCUAUGAGGCAGAAAACAAGCAUAUCAUUGAUUUCUUUAAAAAUCUAGACAUUAUUGAAGACAGUAUCUACAUAGCUUAUGGACCCAAUGGAAAAGCAUCUGGUGAAGGUUUUCUGGAAUUUAGAAACGAGUCCGAUUAUAAAAUUGCACUAAACAAGCAUAAGCAAUAUUUGGGCAAUCGUUUUAUUCAAGUUCACCCAGUCAAUAAGAGCCAAAUGGUUGAAAAGAUAGACUCGCUUAGGAAAAAAAUACAGAGUUUCAAUUACAUGGACCAUAAAGACGCCCUUCUUGAUAUGGGGUUAGAGAAGCAUGUACCUAGGUUGUGGGCACAUCUUUCAAAUCUACCUUAUAACAUCGGUAGAAAGGAUGUAUUUCAGUUCUUUCAUUUAGAAGGCAUUGGAGUUGAGGAAAACGGUGUACAAGUUCUGAUGGAUAACAGUGGUCAAGGCUUAGGACAGGCUAUUGUUCAGUUCAGGAGUGAAGAUGAUGCUCGUAAAUCCGAGCGCUUGAAUCGCAAGAAGCUUAAUGGGAGAGAUGCUUUUGUGCGUAUAAUACAUAACGAAGAGAGGAAAGACAUUGAGAACAAUCCUCCUAUUCAAGGGAGAAAGGGUUUUAAAAUGCAGAAUUAUGGCAAUUCCCCACCUGACACAAUGAGAGGAAGUGGAGAUGAAUUUUCUUUCUUGAGUAAUAACCUGAAAGACAACAAUGGUCAAAAUUUUCCCUUCUCUAGUAAAUUCAGUGGACAAAGUAGUAAUUUUGGUCCGCCUGGCCCACCACCCGGAAUGGGAAGUAGUUUUGGAGAUACAAGGCCACCACCAGGGUCUUCUAACGUACCAAAUUCACCACUUGAUCCCCCAGGAUUUGGUAGUGGCCAAGGUAAUUUCAAUGUUCCUCCAUCUAAUUUUGGAAACGGACCCCCACCUUUUGGAAGUGGUCCAUCCGGUACAAAUCCACCUCCUAACUUUAACGCAGCACCUCCAAACCUAAGUGGUCCUGGGGUUUUGAAUGCUCCUCCAGGGUUUGGGCCAGGAAAUCUGCAAAUUGGUGGUCCUCCAGGCUUUAGCUCUGGGUCUGGAAAGCCAGGUCCUACAGUAAUAAGAAUUCAGAAUAUGCCUUUUACAGUUUCUGUAGAUGAAAUUUUGGAUUUCUUUUAUGGUUAUCAAUUGAUACCUGGCUCUGUGUGUUUAAAAUAUAGCGAUAAGGGUAUGCCUACCGGUGAAGCCCUGGUGGCAUUUGAAUCCCGUGAUGAAGCAAUGGCAGCUGUGGUGGAAUUAAAUGAUCGGCCAAUAGGAGCAAGGAAGGUUAAGCUUGCUUUGGGUUAGAUUAUUGAAGUGGGGGAUCAACAAGAUGUUAUAAACUGUGACUGACAUAUACUUUUAGUUUACUUGAGCAUAUUGCUUCUUAUUGUAUUGUUUUUCAUGGUGCCCAAUGUGUAUUGAACAACUGCAUAAACAAAUUGCUUUGGUCAAAUGUAAAAUUAGGGGUGCGCUUUUUUCCACCCCCCCACUUUUUGACAGUGUUAUUCUGACAAGGCAUACAUGAAUAAAAUUAUGUUGUGCUCUAUUUUUUUUUCCCCCCAAAUGAAGCUAGUAAAUUUGGUGUCUUUUCAGAUUUGUACAAAGUUUUGCAUUGUGUUUUUUUCCAUUUGAAUCUGAUAUUCCUGGUCAAAUGCAUUAUAGGGGAGGAUUUUCUAUUAUGUUUUAUAGCUCCUUUUUUGUUGAUGUGAUUGCCACCACCUUUUUGAAGGAAAUUGUGAAUACCUAUGCAUUCUAUCCCUUUCAUUGCAAGGGGGGGACAAGGGGUUUCAUAUUGCUCUGUGGCUACAAUCCUUUAUAAAGCUGGGUACUCUCGGAAUACAAUGGCACAGCAGGUACGAUCGCCGCACCGACAUCGCUUGUGUUGGUACGGCAAUCUGUUUUAUGUUUUUCAACUCUCUGGUUUGAAUGAACAACUCGGUGUGUACCCAGCUUAAGUCACUGACCUGCAAUCGGUAGACAAAUGAGAAACCCCAACCUUACUGGUUACGUAAUUAUUGAGUAAUUUAAAUUUUCAGAAGUGGCAAAUUUUUAUUUUCUAAAUCAGCUGCUCGUAACCAACUUAUACUUUAAUCAAAGUGAUAUUAAGGAUGUCCAAUAGUGCAUUUUUUUUUUAUAGCAAGACUUCAUCUUUACUGAUUUAAAGAUGCUGUAAUAUCUUUAAUUGCCUGUUCUUUUUUUUUUUCUUUUUUUUUUUACUGGUCCUUGUCAAAAUUAUCAACAAUUUGUAUAUCUUUGUCGUCUAAAUUAUUUUUAAGAAGUAGACUGGUUCCACUGGUUAGUGAAAAUCUGUGAGCCGGUGGCAAAGCUUUCAUUCCCUGUUUUGGUUUAAUAUUUCACAUUUUGUACAAUCUGAUUUAUCUUUUGGAGAGAUAGCAGUGCAGAAACUGAACAUGCUUUUGUUCAAUGCCUGAAAAGACUAAAUGCUGAAUGAAAAAGGUGGUUGCUCUGCAGAUUUUCCUUUCUCCUUCCUUGCUUUUUGUGUCUGUUUCUGUAUUGCUUUCAUCAAUCCACAUGGAUGUGCUACCCCACGUUUUUUGGCAUCUGAAUGCUGACUGUACAUAAAUGAUCUCUGUUAAUAAAAUGUAUGCUAAUGUCGAUGUUCAA